CCGGCUGCUGAGCGCACCCCCCACCCCCGCCCCCUGGCCACAUGCACCGGAGUCAAGGAUCACGCACAGGGAGCACAGCCGACUCUGGAGAACACAUCUGGAUUACCACAUUGACUUUUAUUUAAUUCUUCCUGAUUUUCAUCGUUUUGAUUCCUCCCAACAUCUGCGCUCGAGAAACAAGUCGCCGUCAUGGCUCGGACUCCCGACGGUGUGAGCAGACUUACUGAAAGCACAUACAAGAAUGUGAUGGAACAGUUCAACCCAAGUCUGAGGAACCUGGUCAACCUUGGGAAGAGCUAUGAAAAGACAGUCACAGCAAUGACUCUAUCUGGAAAAACCUAUUUUGAUGCUGUGUCAAAGAUAGGAGAAAAUGCCCUCAUGUCUCCAGUCUCCAGAGAGCUCGGUGUUGUUCUGAUGGAGAUGGCAGAAGCAAACCGGAGGGUCCAUAAUGAAUUGGAGGAGAAUAUCAAGAGGUUCCACAAAGAGAUUAUCACAGAACUGGAGAAGAAGACAGAGAUGGAUGUUAAAUACAUGAAUGCCACCUUCAAGCGCUAUCAGACGGAGCACAAAGUGAAGCAGGACUGCCUGGAGCGCUCUCACACGGACCUGAAGAAGCUCAGGAGGAAAAGCCAGUCAAAGCACUCCUCCAAGUACGAUGUCAAAGAGAAUGAGUACUUGGAGACCAUCUCCUCCCGCCAGAUGGACAUGCAGAAGUUCAUUGCCGACGGCUGCAGAGAGGCUUUGCUAGAAGAAAAGAGACGUUUCUGUUUCCUAGCCGACAAGCACUGCUUGUUUUCCUACCACUUUAGCAACUUCCACGAGAAAGCCAAAGAGAUUCUGACUGCAAAGCUCCCCACCUGGCAGGAAAAAUGCAGCGACAUCACCAAAGUGCCGGACACGAUGGUGACCAUAAUAGAGGGGCUGGCCAGCACUCCAGAACAAUCACCACUGGUGGAGCGCUACAACAGGAACAACGCGGUGCCUCCUCCAGCGCCCCCGCUAAAGGCUCAGACCAGUCCGCUGGCCAGUAUGUUUGACCCUGAGCCCAGAUCUCCGCUGACCUCCUCCUCCGACCACAACUCAGAUCAGGGCAGUCUCGGAGAGGAAAGUUUGUCCCGGUCCACGUCCCAGUCAUCUGGGCUCAACGUGGGCAGGAAGAUGAGGGUCAGGACCAUCUUUCCGCACAAGGCGGGCAACAACGACACGCUCCUCAGCUUUGAGGAAGGUGACGUCAUCACGCUGUUCAUCCAGGAGGAGAAGGACGGGUGGCUGUACGGAGAGCUGGAGAAGACACAGCAGCGGGGCUGGUUUCCCUCAUCUUACUGUAGACCUUACACCGAGCAAGUGAUAUCAAAUAGCAGCAAUUACAGCACGCCGGUGCGGAGUCUGAGUGUGGCCAGUCUGCCGGAGCAGGUGGAAGAGGAAGACCAGCCUGUGCUUCUGCCGCCGCCAGAUUACAGUGACAGAGUCCCCUCUAGUCCAGCAAUCCCAUCAGCACCUUCCCCGCAGAACAAGGUGUCUUUAGUGAAUGGAGUUGCAAAGGUCCCGUUUCUUGGAGGAGGGAAUCCAUUCGCCACAGUCAAGUUAAGGCCGACUGUCACGAAUGACAGAUCAGCACCAGUCAUCUAAUGCAGAGCAGGGGGAGCUUUGUUUUUGGGUUUUUUUUUCACCAUUGUUAGGCCUUCGGGGGUAUCACACGACAUGGAACCCGCGCAACAUCGUUAAUAUCUCUCCACCCUGACAUCUCAGCAGCCAACAUGCUAAUCUCUCUCAUCCUCAGUCUGCUCUUUUAAGGGGUUCCACUGUUUUAUGUUUUAUGUGUGUGUGUGUGUGUGUGUGUGUGUGUGUGUGUGUGUGUGUGUGUGUGUGUGUGUGUGUGUGUGUGUGUGUGUGUGUGUUACUGUCAGUUUGUGUUUUACAUUUAGCCACGAAAAGGGAAUCGCAAUCCACAUCAGGAAAAGCAAGAAAAGUGAAAAGCUGCGGGGAGGUAGCAAAUGUUUGACGCGUGCAUCGGGCUUGAGUUUGUGUUUUAAGAAAUAAAAUUCACUCCAAAAUUAAGGUUUUGGCUUCAUCUAAUCCACACCCGUGCAAUGAUGCAAUGAAGCAGUUUAACAAAUUGCAAAAUCCCGCUCCUCCUUCGCAGUUCAGGAAACCACAUGAGUUACAGGAAAAGGAGGCGAUGAAACGCAUGCAUCACGUCCUGCAAACGUCUCACCUGCAGAGGGAGGUAUUUAGUCACGAUCCACUCAGUUUCAGUUGAAACUAUUAUAAGCUGUAUAUAUAAAGAUGCAUUUGCUUAUUCAAUCAUUUUAAAGGGCCAUUGUCCAUAUGCAGUAUGUUGAAAAGUCAUCAGGGUCAUCUGUUUCAAGUUAUAUGAGAAUGUGCUUUAAAACCAAAGGGAAUAUAGACACCGUCGUAAUUAUCAAUCUUAACCCUACUCCACCAUACUUAAAGUGCAAAACAUAUAGUUCAUAGUGCGUCACGAAUUUUGGAGAAAUUGUAAUUUAUACUUAGUUUAUAUGAUUCCCUCUUACAUAUUUUUGGAAGGGGAAAAAAAUGUAUGGACCAGUAGGAGGAGGCGACCCUAAAGUAUCCACUGAGAUUGUAAGCACAUAGAAAUCAAGCUUCCUUAUUCCCUCAGAUAGGUCUCGUUCUGCAGUUAGUGCAGUGGUGCAAACAGGAUGAAGAGAUGCAGGUGCACAGUGUACAUGACGGUGAGCUGGGACUGAUGAAAGGGAUCAGCAUCCAGGCUGCCUUCCUGACUUGCCAAAAAAAGGGGGAAAAAAAAUCUAUUUUUAUUAUACCUUUUUAUUUUUUGUAAGAGUUAGUCAUUGCCAGAUGAGGUAAGAAUGAAGGGAGAGUGAGUUGUCGGGAAAAGGUGUUGUUCUUUGACUUCGGUUGUAGAUAAGAAGGCUAUUUAUAAACUGUAAGUUUGUAUGGAGUAUUUAAAGAUAUGUUUACAAGUCUGCUCUGUGUAUGUGCCCCUUUGAAUACAACAGCCAUUGUGCUGAAAUCUCACCAAAAUUAAAACAGAAAUAAACAGGCAUGAACUUUAAAAUAGUUAUUAAUGAAAGAAUUUACUUCACACUUGAUUUCACUGUUUUAUGCAUCAUAUGUGUGCUCAACGCAGUUUAUGCACACUUAAAUGUGCUGUACUAGUAGACAUUUGAACUGUUUGAAAGUAAUGUGGCUCAUUGUUUGAAAAUAACUUUGUUUCUUUUGUCAUGUAUUUGCGCUACUAAUGGAAUUAUAUGAUUAUGGGACUGAUUCCUCAGUUUAUUGAUCCAGUUGACUCAAUAAUGUUAGCGUACCCAUCAUGCUGGUAAAGUUAUCGCUACAUGCUUACUCCAGAGUACCUUGCCACUGUGUUGACCAUGUAGUCACUUUUUCUCAAUAAAAUUCAUUGAAGUCUG